ACUGAACUACAGUGACAUGUGAUUGUAUGAUUUCUUUGACAGAACAAAGUGUUUAUUAAUAAAUAUUGAUGUAUUUUAAUAUUUUUGUGCAAUUAAUAUCAUCAAAAUAGUAAAUUUAUCUAAAACGUAAAGAAACUAUACAUUUACUUUCAAAAAUAUGAUUAUGUAGUAGUCUAAUAAAUAAAAUAAUUGAUAUUUAACCUAUUGCAUAAAAGGAAUUUCUGAAAUAAAUCUGAAUUAGCUAUGAGUUCCAAAGAAAAAUAUAAAAAUUUCCCGUCUACGAACAGUGUUUUUGAUGAAGAUUAUACUGUAUAUAAAUCUCAAUUUGUUGGACUUGAUGAUAAACCUUGUAAUAUAAAAUGUGUUUUGUGUGAUGAAAAAUUUGUGCUUCCUGAAAAGGAGAAAGAAUUGUUGUCUCAUUUAUUCAAAGAACAUCAUCUUAUAAUAGCAGAUGUUUGGAAUAUUGCUAGUUUAAAAAGUUAUAUACAUUACUGGGGUGUUAAAUUUAAUGAAGAACCUUUGACUAAAUUUUGUAGCACAAUGUUAAUGAAUUGUACCCCUUCUGGAGAACCAAGUGAAAAUGAAAAAUAUUAUUUACUUUCUGACUGCAUUUCAGAAGAUAAAACUUUAAGAGUUGAAAUACAUCAAGCAAAACUGGAAUGGGUUUUAUCAGAACAAGCAAGAGAAAGAACAGAUACUAACUUCAAACGUGGUUGUAUGUUUUGUAGAACAGAAUUUUUUGGUUUACGUAUUACCUAUAUAAAGCAUUUAGCCCAAAAGCAUAAUUUAUACCUUGGGAAACCAGACAAUUUGGUAUUCAUAGAUGAAUUUUUAGAUAAAAUUGAAACUUCUAUUGAAAAUUUAAUAUGCAUAUAUUGUGAAAAACUAUUUAAAGAUCGCACAGCUUUAAAGGAGCAUAUGCGUAAAAAACUACACAAAAGGAUAAAUCCCCAUAACAAAGAAUAUGAUAAAUUUUAUAUAAAUAAUUAUCUGGAACCAGGAAAAUCAUGGAGACAUAAACAGAUUACUUGCAAUGAAAAUGAUGUAGUAGGAGAUCAAAGCAGUGAAAAUGAGGAUGAAGAUACAUGGUCAGAUUGGAAUGAUGAGGGCAUAGGAAUAUCGUGCUUAUUCUGUAGUUACAGUAAUAAGCAUUUUCAUCUUGUGCUUGUACAUAUGAAAACAGAACAUGAUUUUGAUUUUAAAAUUGCAUCAAAAGACUUAACAUUUUAUCAAAAAGUAAAAGUAGUUAAUUAUGUUAGAAGACAAAUUUAUUUAAAACAAUGUGUUUUUUGUGGAAUGAAAAUGGAUAAUGUUUUAGAACAUAUGAAGGAACAAAAUCAUUUUAAAAUACCUGUACAAAAAGUAUGGGAUCAACCAGAAUAUUAUUUUCCUAUGCAUGAAAAUGAAUCCUUUUUAUAUAAUUUGGAUGUAAGUAGUACUAGUGAUGAAGAAAGUGAUAUUGAAAAUAUUACAGAGGCAAUGCAUGAAACAUUUAAAUAAUAAAAAGUUCCCAAAAAAUACAAAAAUAUAUAUAUAUCUUGUUAUUAGAAUGAAUUUGUUAGUUGAGUUAUAUCUUAUAUCUUUUGUAUCAAGUACGAUCAUAAAUUAAUUUUGUGAGAUUACUUUCAAAUAGUAAAAAGUUGGCUUUUAGAAGACAAUAAACUCUUUUCAUUAGAUGUAUUCUUCAUUUUUUUCUUUUCUUUUUGUUAAUUUUGCAUAACUUCAGUGGGGAAGUGUCGAUCUAUCUUUAUAGCGAUCUUCAUUGUAAUAAUAUUUAAAAAACUUAUAAAUUACUGUUAAAUUUAAUUAUUAUCUUAAGUAAUUUAAUCAAGAAAAAUUAAAAUUAAUUCAUACAGUUAUGCAAAAUAAAGACAACAGAGAAUUAUCUAACAAAUAUUGUUUAAAUUCUUUCAGAAAUGAUUAUAUCCAAAUUAAAGUAAUAGGUAUUAUAAAUACUAUUGCUUUUCAGAGGGCACGACUAUGUGCAGAGAAAUUAUAUCAACAUUUGUCAUUUAAAUUUUCCACGCCACAAAUUAUAGAAAUGUUUCAAGUAGAAUGGCAUGAAUAUAUUCUUAAAAUGAAAAGAGUAAUAAACUAUGUUUAAUCUAUUUGUUAAAACAUAUUACAAUAUUAAUAAUUAUAUCUAUAUGUCUUUAGCAAAUUGGAGGUGGUAAAAUAUGGUCCUUAACACGAACUGUUGCUGUUUUUAUAAAUAAUAAAUUUCUUGGUAGUGAUGUACAAUUCUUAAAUUAUAUAUGUCAAGAUUAUAUAUUUAGCUUACCUAUUAAUGUAGAAUAUUAUGAAAAUCUUGCUACAGAGUGUUGUAAAAAAUUUAUGGAAAAAUCUAAAGUAAAUUGUCCUCUGUUACGUAAACAAUCUUAUAUAUUAUCAUAUAUGAUAAUCUAAUAGCAUAAAUUAUGCACUAACAUAGUAUUAUUAAAUUUUAGAGAAAAUAUGUGUAUUUCACAUUUUCUAUAGAUGAUUCACCUAUUGGUUCAUUUGUAUUUAUGCUAUAUUCUGAUUUGUUACCAUUAACUUGUCAAUAUUUCUUAAAUCUUUGCUCUGGGUAUGAUGAGAUGCAAAAAUGUUA